AUGAUUUUCUCAGGAUCUCCAGAUAAAGAAGCUUUGUAAGGAUAGGGAAGAGACAUAUACAAUUUGCCUUCAAAAGAAUUUGGACCAGAUGAUGAAAAUGUAAUUGAAUGCGAAGAUGUAUCAAAAGAGUUUAAUCUAAUUGGAAGAGAUGAAAAGAUUUAUGCACUUAAGGAAAUCAAUUUAAAAUAACACGAUGAAUUUUAUCCAAUCAAAAGGGGAGAGUUUGUAAUUAUUCGAGGUCCAUCUGGUGGUGGAAAAACAACAUUCCUAAACUAAGUAGGAACAAUAGACACGCCAACUAGCGGCACAAUAAGAUUAUUAGGAAGAGAAGUUAAUAAAUUAUCAAAAGAUUCAUACUUGAGUGACCUUAGGUUGACAACUAUAGGAUUUGUGUUCUAGACAUUUAAUUUAAUAGCCACAAUGACAGCUUAUGAAAAUGUUGAGUUACCUAUGAGAAUCUUGGCUAAGUUAUCAGAGAAAGAAAUAAAAAAAAGAGUCAGAGAAUUACUGAAAAGUGUUGGCUUAUAAGACAGAAUGGAUCAUUUACCAUCAGAAUUAUCGGGUGGUGAAUAGUAGAGAGUGGCUAUAGCAAGAUCUUUGGCGAAUUCACCUUAGAUUUUAUUAUUGGAUGAACCUACAGGAGAUUUAGAUUCAAAAUCAACUGUUGAAGUCAUGGACAUAUUAUUGAAACUUAACAAUUUUGGAUAUAACGAAUCUAAUCACAUUCCUUGUACUAUGGUUAUGGUUACUCAUAAUCCUGAUCUUGAAUGUUAUGCCCACAGAAUAAUUUAUAUCAAAGAUGGAAAAAUUGAAAAAUAAGCCAUAAAUGAGAGAUAAUCUCCAUUAAGAUAUGAAUAAUACCUGCACUAUCUUAAUAGUUAAAACUGAUUGUUAUUGCAAUUAAUAUAUGGUUUCAUUUUAUAGAAUAUUGA